CGCCCGUGGUCGAGGUCGCGGCGGGGGAUAUGGCCUCUGCUGGGUACCUAGCGGGAGGUCGGGGGGUUCCCUUGGAACCUCAGCUUCCGGGGCAUGUCAGGAGAAGGGAGCAUUGACCUUUCCUUCAUCAGGCCAAAGAUGCCUCUCUUUGGGAGUACAUUCAGUCCGAAGAAGACGCCCCCUCGGAAGUCUGCGUCUCUCUCCAACCUGCAUAAUUUGGAUCGGUCGACCCGGGAGGUGGAGCUGGGCCUUGACUAUGGAACGCCCACCAUGAACCUGGCCGGGCAGAGCCUGAAGUUUGAAAACGGCCAGUGGAUAGCAGAGACAGGGAUUAGUGGAGGCAUGGACCGGAGGGAGGCCCAGCGCCUCCGGAGGCGGAACCAGCAGCUGGAGGAAGAGAACAAUCUCUUGCGGCUGAAGGUGGACAUCCUGCUGGACAUGCUCUCUGAGACCACCGCCAAAUCCCACUUAAUGGAGAAGGAGCUGGAUGAACUGAAGAGUGUCAGCCGGCGGAGAAAAUGAAGACCCCAAAGACACCCGUUAGGAGCACAGGGGGAAACCCAUUCGUCAGAAGAGGAUGUGGCUGAGGGAAUUUUUAACC